AUGGGAGAUAAUCGGCUGAUCGUGACUGAAGAGCCUUCUACCAGCAGGACUAGAAUUCUCCAGGUCCAGUCCAGGCUCACAGACUCCAGAAAGGUCAGCUGGAGAGCAGUGCUCAAUAACAGGAACGUCUACAUCGAAAUCCCAGGGGGGGCGCUCCCAGAGGGCAGCAAGGACAGCUUUGCCCUCCUGCUAGAGUUUGCAGAGGAGCACCUACAAGUGAACAAUGUUUUCAUCUGCUUCCACAAGAACCGGGAUGAUCGAGCGGCACUGCUUCGUACCUUCAGCUUUCUGGGCUUUGAGAUUGUGAGACCGGGCCACCCCCUUGUCCCUAAACGACCAGACGCAUUCUUCAUGGCCUACGCAAUCGAGAGAGACUCCUCGGAUGAGGAAUAACGGACAUCUUUGAAUCUUGAAUUCUUUCCUUUUUUUUUUUUCCCCCAAGUGUAUGAACCAGUAGAAAUUGUUAGCAUCUCCUUUUAUUCUGUUCAGUCAAUCUGUACGACAGGGUUUACGCGUGGUUUGUUCUGCUGCCUUGGGGCUUAAUUUUUUUCCUUCUGUUUUAUCUGCACUGUCAUACUUGUGUGCUUGCAUGCUUAGGCACCCUAGUGGUGACUUGAGGAUUUUAAAAUUUAACAUAAAAGAUGUUGAUAAUGUUGGACUUCUAUCAUCUUUCUGAAUUUAAGAUUUAUGACCUGCGUGUGAUUUGUGUGCAAAAUAAAUUGCUCACCCUAAAGUUCA